AUGCCUCAAGGAAUCCCAGCAGGAGAUAAUUCAUUGGCAGCAGGAAGCAUUGGUAUUGGAACAUGGGAUUUCUUGUGGUAUAAAUCCAAACCUUUGACCAGUCUUGUGAAGCUGCUUUUGAUGCACCAGGCAAAUCCCAAUCUUCUUAACUGCAAUAAUGAAAAGCCUUCAGAUGUUGCAGCUUCUGAUUUUAUUGAAGAAAUGCUUAUGAAGGCUGAAAUUGUUUGGGAGGAAAAAAUGAAAGACCCUUUAGCUGUUUCUGCUUUAUCUCAAGAAGAGCCAUACGAAGAGAUCAUCCAUGAUUUGCCCACAGUUUCCAAUAAACUCAAUCCCCUGGCUUUACCGAUUGCCAAGCAAGACAGUUUGCUGGAGAAAGACACCAUGUUUAAAGAUGCAGCUAAAGCCUUAUGCAAGCAACAAUCUCAAGACAGUGCCUCUGAAAAUGUCACUGUGAACACCACAACCAAACUUGAACAGAUAAAGCUAAUGCCUCCAGCUCCAAAUGAUGACCUGGCUUCUCUGAGUGAGCUAACAGACAGCAGCCUGCUUUAUGAGAUUCAGAAGCGCUUCAAUAAUAAUCAGAUAUAUACCUACAUUGGUGAUAUACUGUUGCUCGUUAACCCAUUUAAAGAACUUCCUAUUUAUUCUACCAUGGUCACCCAGCUUUAUUUAAGUAACUCUGGAAAAUUGUGUUCCUCACUUCCCCCACAUAUAUUUUCCUGUGCUGAAAGAGCUUACCACAUGCUAUUCCAGGAGCAGCGUCCCCAAUGCUUUAUCCUCAGUGGAGAAAGUGGUUCUGGGAAGACUGAAGCCUGCAAACAGAUAGUGAAACACCUCACUUGCAGAGCCAGCUCCAGCAGAAAUACCUUUGAUACAAAGAUAAAACAUGUAAAUUGUAUCUUGGAGGCCUUUGGACAUGCUAAGACACCCUUGAAUGAUUUUUCCAGCUGUUUUAUAAAGUAUUUUGAGCUACAGUUUUGUGAGAGAAAAAAAACAUUAAUUGCAGCUAGGAUUUAUACAUACAUGUUGGAGAAGUCUCGUGUCAUUAUCCAGCCUCUCAACCAGAGUAAUUUUCACGUGUUUUACUUGAUGAUGGAUGGGCUGUCUUCUGAAGAAAAAUACACCCUGUACCUCAGUAAUUUGUCUGCACACAGGUAUCUAAGCCAGACUGUACUGGAAGAGACGAUAUCAACAGCCAACCCACAAAACAGGGAGAAAUUAAUUCUACUAAAACAAGCUCUAGGUGCUCUGGGAUUUAAUAGUCUGGAGGUGGAGAACCUGUUUGUAAUUCUCUCGGCAAUUCUGCAUCUUGGAGAUAUUCGCUUUACAGCUCUGACAGACGCUGAGACAGCAUUUGUGUCUGACCUGCAGCUACUGGAACAAGUGGCAGGAAUGCUACAGGUUUCAUCAGAUGAGCUUGCUUCAGCCUUAACAACCGAUGUUCAGUAUUUUAAAGGAGACAUGAUUGUACGGAGGCACACUAUAGAGAUUGCAGGUUUUUACCGGGAUCUCUUGGCAAAAUCUCUGUAUGGUCGUUUAUUUAGCUUUUUAGUCAACACAAUCAACUGCUAUCUUCAAAAUCAAGAUGACACUGACAGUGACCAGGUAUUUGAAAUUGGAGUGUUAGAUAUUUUUGGAUUUGAAGAAUUUCAAAAGAAUACUUUUGAACAGCUGUGUGUCAACAUGACCAAUGAGAAGAUACACCAGUACAUCAAUGAAGUGCUUUUCUUACAAGAGCAAGCAGAAUGUGUACAAGAGGGAGUUGCCAUGGAAACAGUAUAUUCUCCUGGUAACCAUACUGCAGCCCUGGAUUUUUUCUUUCAGAAACCGUCAGGCUUUUUGUCAGUGCUGGAUGAAGAAAGCCAAUCUGUUUGGUCAGUGGAACAGAGUCUUUCUAAACGCAUUCAGUCUUACCUGGAUACUUCAGACACAAAUACAGUGUAUUCUUCCACAAAAGAUGGAAAUGGUAACCUUGCCCCAAAGGAUCUGGGCUCCACCUUCACUGUUAUGCAUUAUGCUGGGAGGGUUACUUAUGAAAUUGCUGGUGCGAUAGAAAAAAAUAAAGAUUCCCUUUCACAAAAUCUCGUGUUUGUAAUGAAAACUAGUGAAAAUGUAGUCAUCAAUCAAUUGUUCCAGUCCAAACUGACACAAACUGGAUCACUUGUUCCUCCAUAUCAUUCCCUCAAAAUCAAAGGGUGUAAAGCGUCUUUGCUGAGUAAAAAACCAUCUGUAGUCUAUGCAAGUGGAGAAACAAAAAAAUAUACUGAGCUCAGCAAGCUGUUGAAAAAGAAAGGAACAUCCUCAUUUCUUCAGAGACUGGAACGAGGGGGCCCAACUACUGUGGCAGUACAACUCAGGAAAUCACUUGCAGAUAUUAUUGGGAAGCUGCAGAAUUGCACACCACAUUCUGUUCACUGUAUAAAGCCUAAUAACUCCAAGUUGCCAGAUACUUUUGACAAUUUUUACGUGUCAGCCCAACUGCAGUAUAUUGGUGUCCUAGACAUGGUCAAAAUCAUACGACAUGGGUAUCCAGUACGUCUCUCUUUCACAGACUUCUUGUCGAGGUAUAAAGAUUUGGCUGAUACAGCAGCAGGAGAGAAGAAGUUGUCUGCCAAGGAGAGAUGUCGUCUUGUUCUUCAGCAGUGUAAAUUACAAGGCUGGCAGAUAGGAGUCCGAAAAGUUUUUCUUAAGUACUGGCAAGCUGACCAUCUAAAUGAUUUGUGCCUUCAACUUCAGAAGAAAAUUAUAACCUGCCAAAAAGUUAUCAGAGGAUUUCUGGCUCGCCAGCGCUUGCUACAGAAGAUGAGCAUCAAACAGCAAGAGGUCACCUCUAUCAGAAGCUUCUUGCAGAACGCUGAGGAUAUGGGACUGAAAACAUACGAUGCCUUGGUUAUUCAAAAUGCUUCUGACAUUGCUCGGGAAAAUGACCGUCUCCGCAAUGAGAUGAACGCUGCUUACCACAGGGAAAAGUUAGAGGCUAGAAACAGACCAGAAGAAGGCCACAGGAGAGCUGAAGACAAGGGUGGGAAGGUCUCUGAGGACAGCUUUACCGGCUGUCGAACGCCUAAGCACUUUCAUUCCAGCUCCGUCCCUGUCCCCAUGGCAGUGGACAGCUUGGUACAUUCUGCGGCUGGGUCAUCCAUCAGAUCCCCCUCCCUGCACUCUGUUUUCAGCAUGGAUGAUAGCAAUAGCCUGCCAUCACCAAGGAAACAGCCUCCUCCCAAACCAAAGAGGGACCCCAACACACGACUGAGUGCCUCGUAUGAGGCUGUUAGUGCUUGCUUGUCGGCAGCUUCUAAGGAAACGGCUAAUGAAGUACUGACCCGUCCACGGCCACACAGUGAUGAUUACAGUACCAUGAAAAAAAUACCUCCUAGAAAACCAAAACGAAGUCCCAAUACAAAACUUAGUGGGUCUUAUGAAGAAAUACCUGGCCAAAAGCCUGGGGAUGUCAAAACAGCAAGCACAGUAGUUAAACCAGGUGGAUAUGAUUCUGUGACAGUACGGAAAGCAACUUCUGCUGAUGGGCCACAACAUGGUGUGUUGAAUCUCUAUAUGUCACAAGAAGAGGAGGAAAAUGAGCCUGUCUAUAUUGAAAUGGUAGGGAAUGCAAUCAAGAGCAGCUCUGCUGAAGCAGAAAGUCCAGAACAAGGAGAGUCUGUAUAUGAAGAAAUGAAGUAUUUUCUACCAGAAGAAGGAAGCAACGGUAAUGGAAUAAUUCCAAUAGUGACUGGAUCUCCUCCUCUGUUGUUUGAAAGCAAAAAAAAUCUUAAUGUUGAAGAUGGAACAUUGGAUGGAAGCAGUCAAGCAGCUUUGGUCUAUAAAGACUCGUGUGACAUUCCAGCCCCUUUCCCUAACUUGCUCCCCCAUAGACCACCACUUCUUGUAUUCCCUCCAACCCCUGUCACAUGUUCACCUGCUUCUGAUGAAUCGCCUUUAACACCACUAGAGGUCAAAAAGCUUCCUGUCUUGGAAACCAACCUAAAAUACCCUGUGCAGUCAGAAGGAUCAAGUCCGUUAUCACCUCAGUACUCCAAAGGCCAAAAAGGGGAGAAUGAAAGACCAGCAUCUCCAGGCUUGGUGGUGUUCAAUGUUUCCAGCAGAGUGACUCCACCUUCCACACCACCUCCUCCUCUCCCACCACCCCCUCCUCCUGUACCACCUCCUGUUCCCUACCGGACUUCCACGCAUUUUGCAUCUCCUCCAGAGACUUGCUCUAGUUUUCUGAUUAAUACAGGGAAAGCAGGUACAAACUCAGAUCUGUCAAAAGUACCUCAGAGACCCAAUCCUGCUCAACUUGGAUGCUCAUCUUCUCCAUUCUCCAAACUACCUUACUCCCCAAAGGUGGCAAGAGCAGAUCACAGGAAAUUGAAUUCAAAUUCACCAUCUUCAUUUCCGUACAGCCCUACAAACUCAAGGUCAUUGACCAGUCCCCUUGAUGAGUUAACUAGCUUGUUCAACUCAGGACGGAGCGUGCUACGAAAAUCUGCAGCAGGACGUAAGAUCAGGGAGCCAGAAGGUGCUGAAACUAAUCUGAACUUGAGAAGCAGGGAAGAUCCAAAUACAUCAGAUACUGGAUCAGAAACGCAGGAUAAAAAUGCAAAUAACCAUGGAACUCAGCCAUCUAAUCCACUGUCCAGUUCGGUGACUGCUGAAAAUGGAAAUUCAGUAUCAAAUGGUUUACCAGAGGAAAAUGAAUAUUCAAGACUGUCUGCCAGCACUACAGCAGGCUCAUCAAUUCAAAGACACAGGGAGAGCCACACUAGUCAGGUUAUUCAUCAGCUUAGACUUUCAGAGAACGAGAGUGUGGCUUUGCAAGAGCUUCUAGAUUGGAGGAGAAAGCUAUGUGAAGAGAGGGAAGAUUGGCAGCAAAUCUUGCACAACACUGAGCAAAGAAACACAGCUCCACCUCCACCCCCUUGUAAGAAGCCGACACUGCUGAAGAAGGUAGAAGAUACCUCCUGCAACAGACUCUCUUCGGGCAUAUGGGAUACCACCAUAUGAUUCAGAUGUGUGUGUUUGCAGACUGUCAGGAAUGAAACCAACUAAUGACUUCAAUCUGCACAAUCAGCAAGUUUUCUUCCCUUCACGAAGUGUGCAGGGAUUUUUUAUAAGCACUAAUUCAAUAGCACAGGACGGAGGAGCUAUUUAGAUUUGUUGUGUGUGGGUGUACAUGUGUGUGUUUGUUCUUUUCAUAUAUAUACAUGUAUACAUAUAUGUGUGCACCCAUGUGUGUAUGUAUGUAUGCGUGUGUAUAUAUGUAUGGAGACAAACUGCACUAUAAGUACUUAGUGUAAAGGUACGUGACAGUCACUUUGAGUUCUCCCACGGACAAUGAAGAAACUACAUUAAGCAAAUGGUGAUGGGGAGUAGUGACUGACAGACAUUUUAGAGAGAUCAUGAAAGCCUGUAUGCACACUGUACAGCUGUUUUAUACAGUAUAAAAAAUAUGUUUCUUGUUCCCUAAUGAAUGGGUUUAUUAUAUUCCAUGUAUACAUAUAUAUAUAUUUCUUUGUAGAUGUCUGUGUUCUAUUGGCAUUGCAAACAUGAAGAUUUUUAUUUACAUGUUUAUUCCUGGUGUUUUAUAACUUUAUGCAAUUGGUGCUGUCAUUUUUUCUUCAAAAUACAGGUAAUAAAUUCAGUACUUGCAUUUUUCUUUCAUAGUUUAUCUUUAACAACAUACCAAACAGUUUCAAGACUGUGUUAUUUUUUUCAGAACUGUCAAUAUCCUUUCUAAAAUCCAAUCCUGAAAUUCUUGCAAAGCUCCUAAUUGCAGGAGUCAUUUGGUGCUGUUCACAUUCACAAAUUAGAGACCGUUACCUCUUUUCAGUGGACCUGCUUUUUUGAAUGUAUGAACUGUGAAUUCUACAGUUACAUCUCAAAUCUUGUUUCAUUCUGGGUUAUGUAAAAUAACGAGACACUCAUUUAGAUUGUAAGUAUGGUUUGAAAUUCAUACAUGAUUAUGCAUAAGGUCAGGUGUCAGUGGAAAGAUACAUAAUGGUAAUGAGGUAUGAAAAUAGGGCUGUGAUUUUACUGUUACAAGCCAGAAGGCUUUACAGAGAUGGAUAUAUCAAAGUAUUAUGUCCUUAUUAUGGUAGCACAGUGAUAUGUUUAUACCUCAAAUUUCGUGUAAUGAAAUGGUUUCAGAAUAACAGCAUUCUAGUUGGUGUACACGAGUUCUGGGCAGUAAUGUUAGUUUAUGAAAAACAUGCUGCCAGCAACUGCUGAGCAGUCUUUGAAAUACUGCUUUGCCACUAAAAGGUGUAAUUUAUAUGUAUUUUUUCUGGACCACUUAUUUUUAAGUUCUUGGAGUAUGUAGAACCAAUGUGAAACCCUUUUCUUGGUUGUUUGUCCCGUUCCCAUUGGGAUCCACAAAACACUGUUUUCAAUUUUGCAAAUGGAUAUAAGACACAUAUUUUCAAAUUUAAGCUAGAUCUAAAAAAGUGAGCUCACUCUUGGUUUGAAGUUGCUGGAAAAGUCAAAAAAUCCUUAGAGAGGUAGGUUUUUCCAUCAUGUUUGACAGACACUUCAAGCAGGAUGAAUAUCAAAAAGCAAUUGCUUGUUUGUUUUUAAAGGAAAGCAACAAAACAAAUUGUUCCCAUGAGUGUCAUCAAGCUGUAGGCAGAAUUAAGCACCUUCUCUUGCUGGAGAUUAAAAUAGACAUUUUGAGUGGACAAGGAAGAGAACACGCUAAGUUAGCUCAGAAUUCUACCUUUUUAGCUUCACAGAAGUCCUCUUUGUAAGAUAGAAAAGGAGGAACUCCAGAUUCCUAAUCUGAUGUAGUGGCCGUAGAUCAUGACUUUACUCAGAAGGGGCAGGUAACCACUGUGAGUGAGGUUAUGCAGAAGGCAACUCUCAUCUGCAACACAAUUAUGUCAGAAUGAGGCUGUGCCUGGAGGAAUUGAGGUUUCUGUCUUUUCACUCAGAUAACCAGGGACGUACGGAGAUCCUGCUGUGAGAGCAAAAUGAAAAGGCUCCAGAACUGGAUGCAAGAGAGCUAAUUAACAUGACCUUGCAACUAUGUUGCUUCCAGUAUGAAAGUUGUUAUGCCUACAUGGCACAACAUUGCUAUACAUAAUACAUAAAUGUGUAUUGCUACACAGUAACAUCCACCCAGUUAGCCUAGAAAUCCUGAACAGUUCACUGCACUCAGAUGCGCAGACAUACCCUCAGACUUAUUGCUCCUCAAAUGGAUCUGGCAAAUAGCCCUCUCAUAAGCUCUAUCAUAUUGCUAACUCUAGUGCUUACUAGCUGGCUUGGCGACUGGUAGCAAUCAAUCCACAGCAGCCUGGAAAUUUAGGACAAGCUGUAAAAACUGACUGAGAAGCCAGUUUAAAUCAUGCCAAGAUCCCUGCUGCUGCACUGAGCCUGCUGCAAGCCACCAAGCUAUUUGGAAGGUGAGCUUGUGUAUCUCUGGAUGACACUGUUGUCAUUGCUGCACUUGGAAUGCGGGAGUACCCAGAGGGGAGAAAAUGCAUUUGUCAAAUGGAGUUUAAAAUGGGAAACGGUAUAAAUAUACAUUAUCCUGCUUGCAGUCCUUACUAAGAGCUGUGUUAGAGCUGUGAGAGGCCUCAUCUACAGGAGCGCAAAUGGGGUCUAAGAAACCUUUCUGCUACUUGUUCAGAGUCUAUAUUGUGGCCUGUUACAGCACUAUGAACCAAGGGUGGGAAAAAAGUAUGUAGAUUUUUUAGCAGUUUCAUCAAUACAGUUACAUGGGAGAAGCCAGUACAAACUUGAUUGUAGCAAUCUGACUCUCCAGGCAAUGAGCAUAUCCAGUUAUUCCCCCAUGUGCAGAAGGCCUUUGUACAGUUCUUUGUAAACCGAGGUAUAACAUAUUUUCUGGGACUCUUUCUUAAAGCAUGUUAUAACAGUGCAAUUUGAAAAAUUUAAAUAGCAGUAGAUAGAAGAUUUUUUGUUUUGUUUUGUUUCAAUUUUGUUUUUAAUUUCAGGUUACAUAAUGGCUCAGUUUUUACCUGGAAAGAUUUUUCAGGAUACUCCAUUAAAAUAAAGUACUAUAGGAAUAAAGUAUUUGGGUUAAAACAUAUUUUAAAUAUUUCUCUAAUGUCAGUAAGACACUCUAGAAUGUGACUUAUGAUGUAAUAAUUCACACCCAGUGUGUUCAUUGGUCCCCUGGCCUUUGGCCUCAUGCCUAACAGUGCAAUUGGUAGGGAAUUAUUAUACCAUAAUUCACACCCUACUGUGUCUUACCCCCAGAAGUGUCUUAAAGCUACCAUUAAAGUUUAUAUUGUGUAUCAAAAUGUGUUUACAGGGCUGGGAAAAUAUACUAUUGACAUUUUGAAAUGUUGAGAAGUAGUUUUAGCAGAACUGUACAGUGCUUGUAAAUUAAUGUCCUCAGUGGAGUAUGCACCAGCCAAUUACAGUAUUUCUUGAGUAGAUGAAGUCCUGUCUUGCGCACUGAAAAAUAGCUUAGAUUAAAAAAAGCCUUAUGAAUUUAAUAUUCUGAAGGGAAGGAUUAAACAUGCUAAUGCUCUUAAUAUCCAGUGAACAAUCUAAAAUAUACUUAUCUUUGCAAUAAAGCAAUUUCAGGAUGCUGGGGUUAUCAUCAGAUAAUCACUCCUCCACAUUGUGCCUUAUUGCUUAAUUUUUAAUAUGUGGAAAAAAAUGAAACACCUAACAAAUCAACCUGUCCUUCAGCAUAAGGUAAGAAAAAUUAGGUAUGUUUUACACUUAAAAAAAGUCAUUGGUCUUAAAGCCAAGGGAAUUCUGGAACCAUAUUAAACCACAAUAACAGAAAAACAACCACUAUUGGCAUGAGAAAUUUUUUAAAGCUUGUAUACUUUAUUUGUUACUCCUGAAAUAACACUCAGUGUUUUUUUUGUUGCUGUAAUUCUUAUUGCAGAUUAUAAGCAAAAUUUUGCUUUUAAAAACUGAUUUAGAUGUUCAGAGAAAUACAUGCUCCAAUAUUUUUCAAAAGAUCUAUGUACAGCAUGAAGUGAUAAACCUUUUAAAAAUUUGUAAUGCUUAAAAAACAAUAGUAUGACUGUUGAGUAAGUGAACUGCAUUUACCUUUUUUUUUUUUUGCGAGUGAUCCUUUUUUAUUCUGAAAGGUUUAAUUAUUUCAUUACUAACUUUAUUAUACUACAGAUUCUUUGUGUGUGGGACAAAGAAUUUCAGUAACUGGCUAAGAAAGCAUAAUAGAUUGUAGCAUAGUUCUAAAGUGAUAGUAAUAGCCAUAUUAAUUGUAGUUUUUAAUUCUGCUGUAUAGUAUUUGCAUCCCUAGUAAUCCUGUUAUUCUUAUCUCUAUAUAGCCUGCUAAUAUCUGAAAUGCUCUGAGGAACCUAAAGUAAGUUUUGCCAUUCGCCUGUUAAAUAAUAAAUGUAAUUAAAAUUCUGUAUAAAUCACUUUUCAAGAAUGGUGUUAAAUAUUUCAUGGCUUUGUGUUCUAAAUAUAUAGUUUUUAAAAAGAAAACACCUGAGCAUAACUAUUUGACAGUAGCUGAAAAAAAAAACAGAAGGAAAUGCUUUUCUUCCGGUUUUGCUGUUCUCUGUAUACUCAGGAUUUUCAUUUUGAGAAGAAAUAAAUAAAUCCCAGUGCUGGCUUA